AUGAAGUAUGUUUUGGUGACAGGAGGAGUGGUGAGUGGACUUGGGAAAGGAGUUACUGCAAGUAGCAUUGGUCUUCUCCUUCAAGCCUGUGGUCUCCGUGUUACUUCCAUUAAGAUUGAUCCUUAUCUUAAUACAGAUGCUGGAACAAUGUCUCCGUUUGAGCAUGGAGAAGUGUUUGUCUUGGAUGAUGGUGGAGAGGUGGACUUGGACCUUGGAAACUAUGAGCGUUUUUUGGACAGUACAUUGACCCGUGACAAUAAUUUAACAACCGGAAAGAUAUACCAGUCGGUGAUUGACAAGGAGAGGAAAGGGGACUACCUUGGAAGAACUGUACAGGUGGUUCCGCAUAUUACUGAUGCAAUCCAAGAGUGGAUUGAGCGUGUUGCUAAUGUUCCUGUGGAUGGAAAGGAAGGUCCUCCUGAUGUCUGUGUCAUUGAACUAGGAGGGACUAUAGGUGAUAUUGAAUCUAUGCCCUUCAUUGAGGCCCUUGGUCAAUUCUCCUAUAAAGUUGGACCUGGUAAUUUCUGCUUGGUUCAUGUGAGCCUUGUGCCUGUUCUAAGUGUUGUUGGUGAACAGAAAACGAAGCCAACACAGCAUAGUGUGCGAGAACUCAGGAGCCUUGGGUUGACACCUAAUAUCCUAGCAUGUCGCAGCACCAAGGCACUUGAAGACAAUGUCAAGACGAAACUCUCUCAGUUUUGCCAUGUGCCGGAAGAGAAUAUCGUGACACUCUAUGACGUUCCAAACAUCUGGCAUGUUCCACUGCUUUUAAGGGAUCAAAAGGCUCAUGGAGCAAUCUUAAAAGAGUUGAACCUCCUUGGCAAAGCUGUAGAGGCUGACGUGACCGAAUGGACUGAAAGAACUAAAAUUUAUGAUUCGCUGCAAGAUCCUGUCAGAAUUGCUAUGGUUGGAAAAUACACUGGCCUUACUGAUUCUUACCUCUCCGUGUUGAAGGCCCUAUUGCAUGCUUCUGUGGCAUGUCACAAGAAGCUUGUAGUAGAGUGGGUUGCAGCCAGUGACCUUGAAGAGAUUACAGCACAUGAAGCGCCAGAUGUCCAUAAAGCUGCAUGGGAUCUUUUGAAGGGUGCUGAUGGUAUUUUAGUACCAGGAGGUUUUGGUGACAGAGGAGUGCAAGGAAAGAUACUAGCUACAAAGUACGCCCGUGAAAACCAAGUCCCUUUCCUUGGCAUAUGCCUGGGAAUGCAGCUGGCUGUUGUGGAAUUUGCCCGCUCCAUUCUUGGCUAUAAGGAUGCUAACAGCACAGAGUUUGAACCAAAAACUUCAAGCCCCUGCGUGAUAUUUAUGCCAGAAGGUUCCACAACUCAUAUGGGAGGCACAAUGCGCUUAGGUUCAAGGAGGACUCACUUUCAGGUAAAUCCAGAUAUGAUAUCAGAAAUUGAGAAUGCUGGGCUCUCAUUCGUUGGGAAGGAUGGGACUGGGCGUCGUAUGGAGAUUGUGGAACUACAAAAUCAUCCAUACUUCGUGGGUGCUCAGUUCCAUCCUGAGUUCAAGUCUAGACCUGGAAAACCUUCAGCAUUGUUUCUAGGUCUUAUAGCAGCAGCUUCUGGGUGUCUAGAUGCAGUUCUGCAAGCAAGUGGCAAGAUGAAUAACGUUUCCAUAAAUGGAGUGGCCAAUGGAACAGCAAUGGGAAAAGUUUACCAGAACGGCAAUGUGUAUAGCAAUGGAAACGGGUUACAUCACUGACUCAAGACGUGAGCAGAUUAAUGCAUUUUGAAAACUCUUUUUUUGUUUCCUUUAAUUAAAGCCACUCUGAAUGUAUAGAGUCUGAGCUUGUUUCCUUGUCUUAAAGACUUUGUUGUUGGAUGUUGGGGAUAGCCAUGGAUGUGAAAUGUGUUUCAUGUUCGUGAGGAUGGUUUUGCCUUUUCAUAGCUAAAAAGUAAUGAACAUCUCGAAUCUAGUGUUG